GUUUCUGGGAGGUCCCUAAGGUGCGGAGUUGCUGGUGAGCUGGUAGAUUGUGUAUCAAAAUGGGGCGACGCCUCAACACGUUCAUCCAGUCCGAGGUACCUAAUGACAACAGAGCCUUGCCCCAUUCCGCAGCUCCACACGGAUAACGACGACGGGACCUUCAGAAUUGUGGACCAAGGCUACGGGCGGUCCUCAUCAUGCGAGUAGGUCGUCAUUGUCAGCGCUCUUACCUGACGAUUGUGCGAUGCGUUGGUUGCUGGCUACACCUAGGCACGUUGUUAGUGGCUUGUGGUAGCCGCAGGAUGAAAGCAAAACAAAACCCAGAGGCUCAAUGCACGUCGAAUGUUUGUCUCAGUUGAUGAAGAACGAUAUAUUAGCUCCACCGAAACCAAACAAUACCCCCGGCAAGCGGCUCUACUCGCAGCAGUCCACUGAGCGGCUUUGGAAGCCUUUCAAAUGCCCGGGAACAGCCUCCCCGACCCCCGCCGCUGAUCGCCCAACCCGAAAGAAGCGCAAGGUUGAUUACAAAGGUGCCGAUGGAGAGACUGAUCACGAUACUCCGUACACAAAUGCAGACCGGCUCGCUCUUGCAAACCGCGAUGUCAACAGAUUCCCGGUCUUCCGUCCCAAAGACAAAGACCAGGUUUUUCGUAAAGCGUUUUCCAUUCCUCUGAUCAAUAAAGACAAUACUUCAUACAACCCGAACCGGCCCCCUCCCACGCUUGGCCUUAGGCAAGGUGCUGUCUUUGCUCCUCGCCCGCUUCACGAUCCUAGUGGCGAGUUUGCCAUUGUUCUCCACGACCCGACCGUUGACGAUAAGCCCAAAGCAUCAACUUCUGGCUCAAAUGGCGAGAAUGCAGCAGAGGGAGCCAAAUCCCAAUCACUGGAUGCGCCACUCGUCCACAAGAGUCUUGCGGAGAUCUUGGGCAUCAAGAAGAAGGUCGAAGGAGAACGGCCACGAGUGCCUGUCGUGAUCGACCCACGCCUGGCCAAGGUUCUUCGACCACAUCAGGUUGAGGGAGUUAAGUUCAUGUACAGAUGUGUCACAGGCAUGAUUGACGAGCUUGCAAAUGGAUGCAUAAUGGCCGAUGAGAUGGGCUUGGGGAAGACCCUCCAGUGCAUCACAUUACUCUGGACGUUGCUGAAGCAGUCGCCUGAUGCUGGAAAGCCAGCCAUCCAGAAAGCCAUUGUGGCGUGUCCUUCAAGUCUUGUUCGGAAUUGGGCCAACGAGCUCACGAAGUGGCUGGGCGCCGAUGCCAUUACCCCAUUUGCCAUCGACGGCAAAGCCUCCAAAGAGGAACUAACAAGGCAACUUCGACAGUGGGCAAUCGCAAGUGGCCGAUCUGUCACUCGGCCAGUGAUCAUCGUCUCGUACGAGACGUUGCGCUUGAACUGCGAAGAGCUCAAGAAUACGGAGAUAGGUCUUAUGCUGUGCGACGAAGGCCAUCGUCUGAAAAACGGCGACAGCCAGACAUUCAGCGCUCUUAAUAGCCUCAAAGUUACACGCCGUGUCAUUCUGUCGGGUACCCCGAUCCAGAACGAUCUUUCCGAAUACUUCGCCCUCAUCAGCUUCGCCAACCCAGGUCUCCUUGGUGACAGGCUCGAGUUUCGGAAACGAUUUGAGCUGCCCAUCCUAAGGGGCAGAGAUGCCGAUGCUAGCGACAAAGACCGGCAGAGAGGAGACGAGUGUCUGCAAGAACUCCUGGGCGUUGUCAACAAAUUCAUCAUCCGCCGUACGAACGACAUCUUGUCCAAAUACUUGCCUGUCAAAUACGAACAUGUGGUCUUCUGCAACCUUGCACCAUUCCAGCUUGACCUCUACAACUACUUCAUCAAAAGCCCGGAUAUUCAAGCGCUACUGCGUGGCAAGGGCAGUCAGCCACUGAAGGCCAUCGGCAUGUUGAAGAAGCUCUGCAAUCACCCAGACCUCCUCAAUCUCUCCGAAGACCUCCCUGGUUGUGAAAAGUUCUGGCCCGACGACUAUGUCGCCAAGGAUGCCCGCGGCCGAGACCGGGAUGUGAAGCCGUGGUAUUCGGGGAAGAUGCAGGUCCUGGACCGCAUGUUGGCAAGAAUCCAUCAAGACACUAAUGACAAGAUCGUCCUUAUUAGCAACUACACCUCAACUUUGGACGUCUUUGAGCGACUCUGCCGCAGUCGUCAGUACGGAUGCCUGCGAUUGGACGGGACUAUGAACGUCAACAAACGGCAGAAGCUCGUCGACAAGUUCAACGAUCCCGAGGGCAGCGAAUUCGUUUUCCUGCUAUCCAGCAAGGCAGGCGGCUGUGGUCUUAAUCUAAUCGGUGCGAAUCGGCUCAUUCUGUUUGAUCCGGACUGGAAUCCAGCAGCCGACCAGCAGGCGCUUGCCCGUGUCUGGCGUGAUGGUCAAAAGAAGGACUGCUUUGUUUACCGCUUCAUUGCGACUGGGACGAUUGAGGAGAAGAUAUUCCAGCGACAGAGCCACAAGCAGUCCCUUUCGUCCUGCGUGGUAGACUCUGCAGAGGACGUGGAACGCCAUUUUUCGCUGGACAGCCUGCGAGAGCUGUUCCAGUAUCGCAGCGACACACGCAGCGAUACACACGACACCUUCAAGUGCAAAAGAUGCAAACCGGACGGCAGGCAAUACGUCAAGGCUCCAGCGAUGCUCUACGGAGACACGAGCACAUGGAACCACUUUGUAAACGAGGGCAUGCAACAGCUACAAGACCUCUUGCUUCGGCAAGAAUGUGGGGAGCCUGAGGUAUCGGCGGUCUUCCAGUACAUAUCUCAUUGA